GUGUUGCCUAUGCUGGUCUUUGUAGGACUCGUAGCCGCCGGUGAAUAUGUCCGCCCUCCUGCCGGAAGGUCCCUUGACGUAUCGCUAUCCAACAAUUAUACUCCAACAUCUCCCCAACAGGUGCAUAUAUCGUUGGCGGGUGAUGACAAAAUGAGAAUUUCCUGGAUUACUCAUAUACCAACUCCAUCCACCGUAAAAUACGGUACCUCUCAAGGAAUGUAUAAUGCUUCGAGCACGGGUACCAGCUCUUCGUACAGAUACAUCGUUUACAGGUCUGGUCAAAUACACGAUGUAGUCAUCGGUCCGUUGGAGCCGAGCACUACGUAUUACUAUAAAUGUGGGUAUGAUUCAAGCCCCGAAUAUAGUUUCCGGACUCCUCCUGCUCAGUUACCGAUCACUUUUGCUGUUACGGGAGAUCUAGGACAAACUGUAUGGACUAGAUCCACCCUGCAGCAUAUUGGGAAAAGUGGUUAUGAUGUUUUACUGAACCCUGGAGACUUAGCCUAUGCUGAUUAUUACCAACCAUUCUGGGACUCAUUUGGCCAUCUGGUUGAGCCUUUGGCUAGCCAACGACCAUGGAUGGUGACACAAGGCAACCACGAGGUCGAGAGAAUUCCGGUCAUCCACAACGAGCGGUUUACAGCGUACAAUGCUCGAUGGCAUAUGCCGUUUGAAGAGAGUGGUUCAAAAUCCAACUUGUUCUAUUCAUUUGAUGUUUCUGGUGUUCAUGUCAUCAUGCUCGGGUCUUACACGAAUUUUGAACUAAACUCGGACCAGUAUAAAUGGCUCGAGUCUGAUCUGAGGAAGGUCGAUAGGACUCGAACCCCGUGGCUGUUUGUUCUUGUUCAUGCUCCUUGGUACAAUUCGAAUGUUGCCCAUCAAGGAGAGAAAGAAAGCACCCGAAUGAAGGAUACGAUGGAAACUUUGCUUUAUAAUGCUCAUGUCGACAUAGUUUUUGCAGGCCAUGUUCAUGCCUACGAACGCUUUGCACGCGUGUACAAAGACGAAGCUGAUAAAUGUGGUCCGAUCCAUAUCACGAUUGGAGAUGGUGGCAACCGUGAAGGUCUUGCUACGAGGUAUAAGGAUCCACAACCAAAAAUAUCGAUGUUUAGGGAGGCGAGUUUCGGUCACGGGCAGCUGCGAGUGGUGAAUGGAAGUCAUGCGCAAUGGACAUGGCAUAGAAACGAUGACGUUCAACCAGACUCGGUUUGGUUUACAAGCCUGGCUUCUGAUUCUGGUUGUGUGGUCUAG